ACUUCCUCAUCCAGCGCUCAAGCAAAUAUUCUGUAGUCUUUUUCUCUCCUUUGUGUGCUUCAGAGGACAAUGACGAUCUCCAAGACUUUCUUUCUCCUUGGCCUUGCAUUUGCUGUUGUUCUUCUCGUUGCAUCUGAGGUCUCAGCACGUGACCUAGUUGAAACUGCUCAGACUAAGGAGACUGAAAAUGCUGAUAAGGGAGGCGGAUACGACAAGGGGAAUGGAUAUGGGAACGGCGGAUAUGGAAACGGGGGAGGCGGACAUGGUGGAUAUGGAAAAGGUGGCGGACAUGGUGGAUAUGGAAAAGAAGGCGGAUACGGAAAAGGAGGCGGACAUGGGAGGGGGCAUGGUGGCUACCAUGGUGACGCUGCUGAUGGAACUAAUGCUGGAAACUAGACAGACUGAAAACCCCUUUUCCCCAUGGAUACUUGCGUGCGUUUGCUUGAACCAGAAAAAUAAAUAUAUGUAAAUAAAUGUCAAUAAGGUUUUUUAAGAGGAGUAGGGGUUUGAUGGCCUCCAUGUCCCUAUCCAACUUUGCUGCAAAAGUUUGGUAUAUAAUGGUUGAUUAGUUUCAUUUCCUGCUUCGAAUUUCAGCCAUAGUAGACUGCUUUAAGCUUGUCUUUGUACUUGCUGUAAUGAAUUUGCGUUUAUUGUCAAUAUGUCAUGCUUAAUUCGUACCUUUAUUAUUAUUUUAUUA